AUUAUUUACAAAAAUUUAUUCAAUUUGAUAUGGUAAAUAUGUUAGAUAAUGUAAUAAAAGGUAUAAGAGGUAGUAAUUCAUGGGUAGUACAUGGAAAUCAUACAGAAUCAGGUAAACCAUUGUUAGCAAAUGAUCCACAUUUAGAAACUACUAUACCGUCAACAUGGUAUUAAGCAGAAUUUGUUUGGAAAAAAGCUAAUAACAAAAAAAUUAAGUAUAAGGGGUAAAUAUACCAGGAAUACCAUUUAUAAUGAUUGGACGAAAUUAAUAUACAGGAUGGGGAUUGACUAAUAAUAUUUGUGAUAAUUCAGAUUUUUAUUAAGAAACAAUAAGAAAUAAUAGCGAAUAUUUAUUUGAUGGAAAAUGGAUAAAAUUAAAAAGUAGAAUCGAAAAAAUUAAAAUUAAAGGAGAAAAAAAUCUCUUAAAUUUUACUAUACAUGAAACUCAUCAUGGACCAAUACUUAAAGGACUUUUUCAUUUAUUGGAUACUAAAAAUUGGUAAAAUUUUUAAAAUUAAGUUAGUUUAUCUUGGAUAGGAUUUUUAGAAUAAGAUUAUAUUUUUGAAGGACUUUUAGGAUUAUAAGAUGCUUAAAAUAUCGAUAAUAUAUAAAAUUCAAUUUUUCUAAUGAAAAGUCCUGCUUUGAAUAUAGUUUGGGCAACUAUAGAUAACCAUAUAGGUUAUUAAGCAUAAGGACUAUUACCGAAAAGAAACUUUUAAGGAAAUGUUUUUAUUAAAAAUGGAAGUAAUCCGUAUAAUGAUUGGAUUGGAUACUAUAAUAAUAACGAAUAACCUAGAGUAAUUGAUCCUUAAAAAGGUUUUAUUGUAACUGCUAAUAAUAAAGUUGCCAGAAAUGAUUUUAAAAAAUGGAAUUGGGGAAAUGUACAUAAUCAUAGAUUUGAUCAUAAACCGUUUUCUUAAAGUUUAUUGUGGUUUAUUUUUGAAAGAAGUUAUAUUGGCUAAGGGAAUAAGAGAACUAUUAAUGUUGGAGGAGUUAAUCAUAUUCCAGAUAAAUGGGAUAGCUGGUAUACUGCUAAUUUUAGAAUGAUUUUGGAUUUUUAGGGUAUAGAUAAUAGUUGGUGGGUUAUUGAUACGGGGGUUAGUGAAAACCCUUUCAGUAAUUUUUAUGAUGAUUAGAUGAAAUUACAUGAAGUUGGAGAGUAUUUGAAAAUGAAAUUUAGAAAUGGAUAUAAUAAUGAUAAUGAGUAUUAAUAAGAAAUUGUUUUUGGAGAAUUUUGA